GUGAAUAUCGACAGCGAGGAUUCACAGAAGUUAUGACUCCAAACAUCUAUAGUACGAAGCUCUGGGAACGCUCUGGCCAUUGGGAGCACUACAGCAGCAACAUGUUUUCAUUCCAAGUAGAGAAAGAGACCUAUGCUCUAAAACCCAUGAACUGUCCAGGGCAUUGCCUGAUGUAUGAGCAUAGACCUCGUUCUUGGCGUGAAUUACCUGUGCGAUUGGCAGAUUUUGGUGUUCUCCAUCGUAAUGAACUCUCUGGCACUUUAACAGGUCUGACUCGAGUACGUCGUUUUGCUCAGGAUGAUGCGCAUAUCUUUUGUACUAUGGAGCAGCUAGAAAAGGAGAUAAAAGAUUGUUUGGACUUCCUUCAAGCUGUAUACUCGGUUUUUGGAUUCACUUUUCGGUUGUUCCUCUCCACAAGGCCGGAUGAGUUUCUAGGGGAUGUUAAGGUCUGGGAGGAAGCUGAAAAGCAAUUGGAACACAGCUUACAGGAAUUUGGAGAGCCCUGGGAACUGAAUCCUGGAGAUGGAGCAUUCUAUGGACCUAAGAUUGACAUUCAGAUUAAAGAUGCGAUUGGCCGCUACCAUCAGUGUGCAACAAUUCAACUGGACUUUCAGCUUCCUAUACGAUUUGACUUGAAUUAUGUGAGCAAAGGUGGUGAAUUGCAGAGACCAGUGAUGAUUCAUCGUGCGAUCUUGGGCUCCGUAGAAAGGAUGAUUGCUGUCUUAGCUGAGAACUAUGCUGGAAAAUGGCCACUAUGGUUGUCUCCCAGUCAAGUGAUGAUCAUUCCUGUUGGUUUUUCUGCAGAACAAUAUGCACAGGAGGUGUGGAAAAUGUUUCAUGACACCGGCUUCAUGGUUGACAUUGACACAGACACAGGAGUAACCUUUAACAAAAAAAUCCGUAAUGCUCAGCUUUCUCAAUACAACUUUAUACUGGUGGUUGGAGACCAGGAACAAAUGAAGGGAACGGUGAAUGUACGGACCAGAACUGGGAAACAGCAUGGAGAGGUUUUGGUUGGUGAGGCAAUUCAAAGGAUAAGCAAACUGCGUGAUAUGAAGAUGAAGAAUGCUGAAGAGGAGUUUUAAACUUACCACUUGUGUUCUAAACUCUUUGAAUAGCAAUUGGGAAAUCCAGAUAAAGAUCACAAUUAAAUGAGCCCUUUGAAUACAUCCUGAGACUUGGCUGGCCUAUAGCACCUCAGAUUACCUUUUUGUUACCAGAUGCAUUUUAUCUGAUCUCUGCAUAUGCGUGCAAUAAUCUAAUCAAUAUCUUAAGUUGCUAUCUGGGACCACAUUACUAAUUCAGAGGAGAAAAAGGGAAUCAGUGAUCAUGUAUUUGACUUCCUGGUGUAUGUGGUAUGAAUAAUGAGAUAGUGAGAACCAAGAUGCCAACAAAUCACCUGCCUGGAGAAUCAAUGCACUUUGCCCUUUUUGUUUUUGCUUUUUUCUGUUGCUGUUUUAAAUAAAAUAAAAUCAUUUGGUGGUUUUAUUUUGUAAAAAAAAAAAAAAAAAUCU